AAAUUUAAAACUCAUUCCUCUAGUUGAAGUCCAACAUGAUAACACGGAUAAGGAUGUUGUCAUGAAUUGAAUUCAUGUAUUUUUAUCUAUUAUGACAAACCUCAACACAUUGCCAACUCUAUAAAGCCCUUUGCAUUCAUAUUCGAAUCAAAAACAAGAAACCAAAAUUUCCUCCAUCCCUAGUGGCACAGUACAAAAUUCUUGGCUCUUCUUAUUAAUCCAUGUCGGAAACAACAAUCCAGGAAUUGCCUGAAGAUUGUCUUGCUCACGUUAUUGCAUUCACGACUCCUCGUAACGCAUGCCAUUCUUCGCUUGCAUCUACUAUGUUUCACAAUUCAGCCAAGUCGGAUUUCGUAUGGGACAAAUUCUUACCUCGUGAUUAUUGCGAUAUCAUGUCGAAGUUGGUUUCUCCAAUGGAGUUCUCAUCCAAAAAGGAUUUGUUUUUCAAGCUUUCUACUCCUCUUCUCAUUGAUGGGGGCAGCAAGACAUUUGCAAUCGAUAAAGUUACAAAUACAAAAUGCUACAUGUUGAGUGCAAGGGAAUUGUCAAUUGCUUGGGCAAGCAAUCCUCAUUGUUGGAGCUGGAAACCCCUUCUUCAAUCAAGAUUUUCUGAAGGGGUGGAGCUUAUAAUGAUAAGUUGGCUAGAGAUAUAUGGCAAAAUCAACACUCGAAUGCUAACAAAAAAUACCAAUUAUGGAGCCUACCUCGUUGUUAAACUUGCGAAUCGUGCAUUUGGAUUAGAUUCCCUACCAUCGGAGGUUUCACUUGAAGUUGGUGAUUAUAAAUCGACAAGAAAAGUUUAUUUAAGAAGCGGUGAGUAUAAAGAACAAGAAUUGGAGCGUGAUACUAUGCAAAACAAAAUUAACGAAUCAAGAUCAAGAAUUCAUGAAGUAGAAGAACGCGUUCUUCAUAUGCGCGAAGAUGGAUGGUUAGAGGUUGAAUUGGGUGAAUUCUAUUGUGAUGAUAAAGACGAAGAAGUGAAGAUGAGCUUGAAAGAGGUGGAGGGUGUUCACCUCAAAGGGGGCCUUCUUGUUGAAGGCAUUGAGCUUAGACCUAAGCAAUAGGUGUUAAACCAAUUGAAAUGUACAUAGAAAAUAUCUUUCAAAAGGUCUUUCUUAUUCAUUCAUGCAACCUUCUAAUAUAAAUUAUAAAAAUGAUCUCUACUUUCUUCA